AUGACGGGCGAUCUCAAAAUCCAAGUUUUUGUGUACGAUGUUAUGUUUGUGUGGUCAGAGCGGUGGGGGAGGGAUAGUGGAGUCCACCAGAGGAGAACCCAUCAAGAUGAUGGAAGGCCCAGGUGGCUUGAGAACUUGGGAUCAAUAGAUGGAUUGGGAAGGAGACUAGCCUGUGGAGAAGGUGUGAAUGAACCGGAUAGAACAGCGAAUGUGGAGGAUGGCUCAGGAGUCGAGGUUGUGAUGUGGUUGACAAGCAACGUCACUGAAGCUUGUAACUAG